GAUCUGGCCGUCAUGAUGGGACACAAAGAGUGCGCUCACCUGCUGCUGGCCCAUAAUGCACCUGUGAAGGUGAAGAACGCUCAGGGAUGGAGCCCCCUGGCCGAAGCCAUCAGCUAUGGAGACCGGCAGAUGAUCACAGCACUGCUGAGGAAGCUGAAGCAACAAUCCAGAGAAAGCGUCGAGGACAAGAGGCCCAACUGCUGAAAGCCCUCAAAGAGCUCGGAGACUUUUACUUGGAGCUUCACUGGGAUUUCCAGAGUUGGGUGCCUUUGCUCUCCAGAAUCCUGCCUUCAGACGCCUGUAAGAUCUACAAACAAGGCAUCAACAUCAGACUGGAUACGACCCUCAUAGACUUCACAGACAUGAAGUGUCAGCGAGGCGACCUCAGCUUCAUCUUCAACGGAAACGCCGUCCCCUCAGAGUCCUUCGUGGUUCUGGACAACGAGCAGAAAGUCUACCAGCGGAUCCACCACGAGGAGUCUGAGAUGGAGACAGAAGAAGAAGUGGACAUCCUGAUGAGCAGCGACGUCUACUCUGCCACUCUCUCCACCAAAUCCAUCACCUUCUCCAGAGCUCAGACCGGCUGGCUGUUCAGGGAGGACAAGACGGAGCGCGUGGGAAACUUCCUGGCCGACUUCUACUCGGUGAACGGGCUGGUUCUGGAGUCCAGGAAGAGGAGAGAACAUCUGAGCGAGGAGGACAUCCUGAGGAACAAAGCCAUCAUGGAGAGUCUGAGCAAAGGAGGAAACCUCAUCGAGCAGAACUUCGAGCCGGUGAGGCGACAGUCUCUGACUCCUCCUGCUCCAAACACCAUCUCCUGGGAGGAAUACAUCACAGCUGACAACGGGAGAGCUCCUCAUCUGGGCAGAGAGCUGGUCUGCAAGGAGAGCAAGAAGAACUUCAAGGCCACCAUCGCCAUGAGCCAGGACUUCCCUCUGGGCAUCGAGUCGUUACUGAAUGUUCUGGAGGUCAUUGCUCCCUUCAAGCACUUUAAUAAACUCAGAGAAUUCGUUCAGAUGAAACUUCCUCCUGGAUUCCCUGUAAAGCUGGACAUUCCCGUCUUUCCCACCAUCACGGCCACCGUCACCUUCCAGGAGUUUCGCUACGACGAGUUUGACGCUUUGAUCUUUACGAUUCCCAACGACUACAAAGAAGAUCCAAGUCGCUUCCCCGACCUCUAACCUCCAGCCUGAAGGAACGUUGGGCUGCAGGACGGACUUCUGGAGAAGACGAAGGGAAUAACAAACGUUGGAGGAGCUGAUGGACGUCUGAACGGAGCCGUCUGGAGAGGAGCUCUGAGGUUCAGGAAGCUUUAGGGUCGGACUGAAGGCGUUGGAGAGACGCAGCAGGAAGUGAUGUUUGGUUUGUUUUAUGUAAGUAUGUUUAUAAGGGACUGUUGUAGUGAAGCACUGACGUUACCAUGGAGACGCUGCACAGGAACCCUCUGGAGAUCAGCUUCAGGUUCUUCUUCUGUUUGAUGAGAAGAUUUAAGGAGACCUGAAGGUUUGAAGUUUAAAUAGUGUAAAUUUGGGUUCAUUUUAAGGCCAGUAGGACGUUUAGAACCUGAACAACCUGAAGAGCAUCACUACAGAACCAGAGAUCUGCUGAAGGUUGAAGAACCUAGAGGUGAUCUCCAGUUGGAUUCUUCUGGACGUUGAGCUGUUUGGAGGUUUGACGAGCAUCUCUGGACUCUGAGGCACUAUUUAGAUCCACUACAGACACUUUGAACCUUUAAUCCUGCAGGUUUCUACGGUACGGCUGAUCAGCCUUCUGUUUCUGACCUUUUCUAACCUGCAGCAGAAGAAUGUGAGGAUGGAGAAGCAGCAGAUUUAUCAGAGCGUUUUUACACCCAAACAGACGUUUUCAUUUGUUUUUUUAUCCUCCUUCUGCAGAGGAACGUGUUUUUUUACGUAGCAUCAUGACUUCAUUUGGGAGUUUGUUGGUUUCUAAAUGGUGACUUUUGUUUUUUUGUACAUAAAAUCUUUGGAUUCCUCAGUUUUAACCUUCAGACAGGAAGUGGAAUAAAAAGAGUUUAGAGGCGAAGCUACGGAGCGUUCAGGUGCUGCUGUGGUUCAGGAAAUCUGAGCGUCGGUACAAAGUUUUAUUUAACUCAGAGUUUGAUUCUAACCUUUGAAUAGUCUGCAUAUUAUUAUUAUUAAUUAUAUCCAUAUUUAGCAUCGUAACCAAAUGCACUUUUGUUUCUCACUUCAUUCCUCGGCUGCUCCUCACGCUUUAUUUUGAAGCUCCUUCCUGUCUGCUUUAACUUUGACACGUUUUCUGUCCACCUGCCUGUCGGUUGUAAACGUCUGCGACACUAUUUUCAUAUAAAAUGUACUAAAAUAAAACCCACGUAUCCAAAAACA